AUGGCUCCGCUAUUGUUGGUGCUCGUAUAUGGCUUUUGGGGAACCAGUAACAGCAGAUCCGAGGUAGAGCUAUCAUGUCCUCGUAUCCGAUUGGUAUCAGGAGGUGUUAAUCCGGAAGCCGCUACACAAUACUUUGACAGUGACAUUGAAAAAGAACUCGCCCAGCUUGAGAAUCAUAUCAUCAAGUGGGAAGUUGCGCGGUCCAUCUUUUCCUACCCAGUUGAAGAUCAACGCAAGGUGCUCGCCAGUGAUCUUCCAUCCGAUCCAUGCGACUUGAACUUGACCUCGAUUGUGCCGGGAUGCGGGGUAGACUACGACUACGAUACGCAAAUGUCCAGCGUGAUUGAUCAGAUCAAGCAAGAGAUGAAAUCCGAGGAGAAUCCGUCAGACGGGAGCCCAAUCCAGAGACUGGUUCGCUCCGGCGAUGUCCGCUUUGCCAUCGACCUGUCAUUAUCAGAGACUGGUUGGCGAAGCAAAAUGACCAAUGCGCGUCUAGCAACUUCGAACGAACUCUACAAAACGAUUGUUGGAUCCAAUUCCAUCUAA